CGAAAACAAAGUUCUGGCAGAGCCCACGAGCUUUGACCAAGCCUCCUAAGCGUUGCUUGGUCAUGCCAGCGAAUGAGGCCUGCAAUGUGGUGCACUUCAAAAUGCCAGCCAGCGAGGGCGAGAUCCCAGAAGGUUACUUCCAGGAAGGUGAAGCUGUGGUUUACCACAGCCGCACCCAGGGCGCGUACUUGCGAACCCGCAUAACCAAAAUCCACGCGGCGGCUGGUGUCGUGACUGCCAUCGAUCUCACUUGCAAGACCAGUUGCGAUCUGAGCAAGAUUGCGAAGAUUCAGGAGAACAGCUCCGACUGGCAGACUGAUCUCCAGGUCCUCUCCGAGCUUCCAUCUCCACUCCGCGAGAACUGUGAGAUGGCAGUGGUGGGAAGAGGACAAGCCGCCGUGCAGAAGGAUACAGUGCGGAGCAAGAUCAGGAGCAAAGGCCUCAAGGACAGGAGCUUGACACAGGACGCGUUGAGUCCAUCCGUCAAGUUCAAUGUCGGGGACAAAGUGUACUACGAAAGCAGGUCACAUGGCCGAAAGGUCCUUGCCAUAGUGGAGGGCAUCACUUCGGAGGGCUUCUACGACCUGGAUGUGAAGAAAUUUGCUGAUCCCAGAAACCUUUCGCCAUAUAUAGCUGAGACAGUGGAGGAUUACGCAGCAGUCCGCCACCCUGUUCAGCUACCUCUUCAGCCUGUGCGUGCUGAUGGCACACCACGCCUGGAGAGCGCACUUACACCACUGGGCUUUGGCGCGGCGGAGUUUGUGGCCAGCCGCCACACCGGAGAGGGAGAAGUCGUGAGCUGCAAGGUCUCGCCAGCAGUGCCGGUGGGCCGUGUAUUGUCUGAGCUUCCCUCACCGCUGCAUGUUGAGAAUGCAGACUUCGGUGAUGGAAUCUGCGACGAUGGCAGACUGGUCAGAAGCAAAGUCCUUCACAAGACCAAGAGCCAGCUGGAAGCGCGGAGUCCACUCAUGAAGUUCAAUGUGGGGGACAAAGUGUACUACCAGAGCAAGAGUUUUGGCCAAAGGAUCAUUGCCACAGUGGAGGGCAUCACAUCCGAGGGCUUCUACGAUCUGGAUGUUAGGCAAUCUGCCGAUCCUAAAAACAUAUCGCCAUACAUAGAGUUUCCUGCAGCCAAACCUUUGGAUCAGGAAGCCUUCGCUGAGUUUGUCGCCAAGUUUCGUGGCGAGCUUCAUUGCCCUGGUGCCUUUGAGCCAAAGCUCAGCACGGUUCGGCAGCAGUUGUUGGCGCACCUGAGCCUCAGUGAGUCUGCCAGCAUAAAGGAGAUGACUGGCUUUAAAGGGGGUCUGAAUCAGGGAAUCUGGAUCGUGUCUGAUUACAGCCAGAAGCUUGUCCUGAAGCAGACCAGGUGUCAGCGCAUUGCUGUCAAUGUCAUGACGGAGGCGGAGAACUUCGUGCGAAUCGCGCGAGAUCAUCCAGAGAUCACCAAUGAUCCAAUGAUCGCUUUCCCUGUGAAGAUCUUUAGCUGCAUAGGUCCAGAAGGGAAGAUCAGCGAUGUGAUCGCCAUGAAGAAAUGCCCUGGGGAACGGCUUUGCGAGUUCGUGGCCCACAAGUUUUAUGCCAACCAGAUGUCGCAGUUGACUCAUGCGCUGGAACUGGUCGGUCAGAGUCUUUCACAGUUUCACUUUCGUUACGGCCACGAGCAGCAUGGUGACUUUCAACCCUCCAACAUUUACUAUGAGGAAAGCACGGAUACCGUGACCUUCAUUGAUGUUGGUGGAAUGGGAGUGCCAACUCUUGGGGGUGAUGUGGACCAUUUCCACCAGUGUAUCCGGGCCAUGACCUCAAGCUACCAAGCGAAUCUGUUUGUCGAGCUGUUGAGGGCCUUCGACAAGGGAUAUCAAUCUCCUUGCACUCCCCGACUCCAACAGGGUUUCCGUGCACUUCGAUAACCGAAGCUGACGGACUUUGGCCUCUGGAAACACGAGAGGCCUCUGCCGGGAACAUGACUUCCUGCGCGUCGGCACCAUCUACGGUGGGCACUUCCAUUUGACCCACGUAGUCGGGAUAGGUCUCUGAGUCGCCCGGAAGCGGGCCUCUUUUUCCGCCAAUGUUCUCCAGCACGAGCCUGUGCCACGCUUUCCUCCUCACACGCAAAGAUGAGAAAGUUGAGGACAUCUCUUCUGAACUGAAUUCGGUGCUGUGGCACUGGCUGCAGACUUCCAUGUGGGAGCUUCAUGUGUGUUUAGCUGCUUGAAGCCCGG